AUGACCACAGGUGGAGAUGCGUACUACAACGGUUCCGCUGAAAUUGGUUCGAAGAUCCAAUCAGAUCGCCAGCUUUUGCGUGAGCAGCUCACGCCCAAUGCAAGUGGCCUUAUCGUGGCCAUGGUUGGGCUUCCUGCCCGAGGAAAGUCAUUUAUUUCCAGAAAGGUAGAGCGGUUCCUGAAAUGGACGGGCAAUCGCACGCAGACCUUCAAUGUUGGAAAGUACCGAAGGGACGCCGUGGAUCCUGAGAGGUCUGGAAAGAGCGACUUCUUUGACAAGAGCAACCGUGAUGCUGUGGUCCAGCGCAGAGAGAUGGCCAUGGCUGCUUUGGCUGAUGCCAUCAAAUUCCUUGAUGAUGGUGGAAAAUUUGCAAUUUUCGAUGCGACGAACAGUACAGUGGAACGACGGAAACUUAUCGCAGACAAGGUCACUAAUGCCGGCAGAAAAUACAGUAUCCUUUGGGUGGAGGCCGUGUGUGAUGAUGAGGAGGUGGUGAUGUUCAACAUGUUGACAAAGGUUCGCUACAGUCCAGACUUCCAACAGAUGACCGAAGAGCAGGCCAUGCAGGACCUCAAGCAGCGGAUCGCCAACUACGAGGAGAUCUACGAGACUGUGCAGGACUCCGAAGGAGCAUUUAUCAAACUCUUCAAUCUGUCAAGCAAAGUCAUGGCGAACCAUUGCUAUGGACGAGUGGCAAAAAGCAUUCUGCCAUACCUCAUGGCCAUCCACAUCGGCUCGCGGCCCAUUUGGUUGACUCGGGCAGGUGCUGGAGCGCCAGAAAGCAAAGGCUCAGAUGGCAGCGAUCGUACCUCAAGCCUUUCAAAACAAGGUCAGCAGUUUGCACAGCGCUUGGCAAACUUUGUCAAGACCCGCGCUGGAUGCUAUUGGGAGAGAUCUAGAAAGCCAGAGGAGGCCACACAGGUCUUCACCAGCACGAUGCCGCGUGCUGUCUCCUCAGCACUUUGCGUAGACCUACAACCAGAUCAGCAAUCAGCCUUGAAUCCCAUAGACAAGGGUGUGCUUGGAGUUGGCUGGUGGGACGUGGAAUGUGAGGACGAUGUGCCUCCUUGGAACGAGAUGAAGAAAAGACAUCCAGAUCUGUUUCAAGAGUUUGAGGUCGACCCACUGAACUGGCAAUUUCCUGGUGGUGAGAGAUAUGUGGACAUGGUCAAGCGCUUGGAGAGCGUCCUGAUCGAUGUAGAAAUGUGCACUCAUCCCGUGCUUAUAGUGAGUCACAUCACCACUUUGCAGGUGCUUCUAUCUUAUUUCAAAGGGCUUCCCUUAGAAGAGGCCUGGAAGCUAUCCUUGCCAAAGGAUGUGGUGGUGGAGGUCUCACCUACGGAGGGAGGUGGCUUUCUUACCCAGGAUUACAACUUGGCUUCGAGCGGAGGCUAUGUUGUAGAUGCAGAAAGGCCAUUGGCCUAA